GAACUUUAGUUUCUCAUUGACUUUCGUGCGGCGCGUAGCAAAUUGGCCGGAUACAAUGAAUUUCAUUCCUUUUCAUUUUUAGGAAAGUGUCCUUAGUUUAAGAAAGUUGUGUUUCCAUAAAAAAAAUAUACAUACAUAUAUAAUAUAUAUAUAAAUUGAACAUAUAUAUAAAACGGCAAAAUGCCAGAAAAAGUGGUUACAAUAAAUCACACGUCGUCAGACAAUAGUGGCAAUAAGGAUAAAGUGAAGACCGUCAGUCAAGAGGACAACGAUCCCAAUGCGCGUAAUCCGAUGCUUUAUGACCCCCUACAGGAUGGCGUGGUUCGAACCUCGAAGAAGAUGCAGUAUGUUGCUGCAAUGGUUGUUUGCCUCGGUGCUGUAGCAGCUGGUACAGCAUUAGCAUGGACUUCGCCAGUGUUGCCACAAAUAAGCGCCAUACCUGAUGUGCCUGCAACUGAUGCCAGUAAGGAUACCAAUGUCACUAUUACCAAUACAACAACAACAAUGUCGACAACAACAACAACGACAACAACACCAGUUACACCUGCUGCCGAUUCGUCAGAAUUACGUUUAACGCUCGAGCAACAAACAUGGGUCAGUUCAUUGGUCGCGAUUGGCGCCUUCUUCGGUGCCUUACCCACUGGCUACAUCGCUGAUGCGAUUGGCAGACGUUACACCGCGCUUGUUAUGGAUGUGCCCUUCAUUGUGGCAUGGUUGGCGAUUAUCUUUGCGAAGUCGCCUGGCAUGUUGUAUUUUGGACGUUUCGUGAUUGGAGUUUCAACUGGCAGCUUUUGCGUUGUCGCUCCCAUGUAUAUUUCUGAGAUUGCGGAGACAAGCAUACGCGGCACUUUGGGCACACUCUUUCAGCUGCUCUUGACUUUCGGCAUUCUUUUGGUUUAUCUUAUUGGCGCUGUAGUUUCAUGGACUACAUUGAGUGUGCUGUGUCUGAUGGUGCCCGUCGCUUUGUUCAUUGGCAUGCUGAUAUUGCCUGAGACACCCACGUAUUUGUUGAAAAAAGGACGUCGUGGUGAUGCUGCGCUCUCAUUGAAAUGGCUUUGGGGUCGCUAUUGUGACUCACGCUCGGCCAUUCAAAUGAUUCAAGCCGAUCUGGAUCAAACUAGUUCGGAUGCCUCGUUUAUGGAUCUCUUCCGCAAUCGCGCCGCCUUCAAAGGCCUCAUCAUCUCCAUGUUGCUCAUGUUCUUCCAGCAAUUCUCUGGCAUAAACGCUGUCAUCUUCUACACCGUGCCCAUAUUUCAAUCGGCCGGCAGCACUUUAGAUCCAUCAGUUUGCUCAAUUAUUGUUGGUUUCGUGCAAGUCGUCAUGACACUUACCUCUUCCUUGUUGAUCGAACGUGCUGGCCGUAAAGUGUUGCUGCUCUUCAGUAGUACCUUGAUGACUGUCUGUCUGGCGAUUUUGGGUGUGUACUUCCAGAUGAAGGAUGGCGGCAAAGAUGUUUCAUCAUUGGGUUGGCUACCAUUACUUUGUGUUGUACUCUUCAUGAUCGUCUUCUCUGUGGGUUAUGGUCCAAUACCAUGGCUAAUGAUGGGUGAACUCUUUCUGCCCGAUGUCAAAGCGACCGCUGUGGCAUUGACUGUUAUGUCCAAUUGGUUCUCGGUGUUUGUGGUAACGAAAUGUUUCGGUUCCAUGAUCACCGCUUGGGGUUCGGACAUGACUUUCUGGUUCUUCGGCUUCUGUAUGUUCUUAGCCACACUUUAUGUAGCCUUUAUGGUAUUGGAGACGAAAGGACGUAGCUCUGCUCAAAUACAAAUGUGGCUGGGGGGCAAUAAAUGAUGAUAAUGAGUUAGGCAUACAAAAAAUAAUACAAAUUUUAAGUAGAACUUUAGUUGUAACUUAUUCUAUGCAUACAAAUGUGUUGUAAAUAAAGCUCGAGAGCCAAGCUGGUGAUGAUACAUUAAAGCAGGGUUGCAUUACGUACAUACGAGUAUACCGCUCGCUGCUCAAUUUGCUAGAAAUAUUGGUUAAGUGGUCUAACGAGUAGUAUAGCCGAGUAAAAACGAGUGACGAAGCACAAUGUGUCGUUGGCUCGGUUUGUCAUUUAUUAUUUAAGUAGUAGUAUUAAAUACUUGUAAUUGAUUAAUUAUCUGUGUAUGUACAACUAAUUAACAAAUAUUAUUUUUUAAAUUAAUUUUCAGAUUUUUAUUAAAUUUUAUAUUUUAUUAUUAAUGGAAUUUUUGUAAAAAAAAGUGUAGUUGAUUUAUAAAUUUUCGACGAAAUUUUCCCUUUAUCGCCUUUAGAAUUUUUGUAGUUGUCUGUGAGAACCACCUUUGUAGCGAUCCUUUAAUUUUAAGAGUAAAUACGUAUACUUGUAAUAAAUAUUAAAUAAAAAAA